AUGGCGGGCGACGGUGCAGGAGCGCCACCGCCGUGGAGGCGCAGGGCGCACUGGGUCUGUCAGUGCAAGGAGUGGGACUGGUGCGACAAGAGGGCGACCUGCAAGUCUUGCGGGAAGGAGGCGCCAGCGUGGGCGAAGCGCCUGCGUGCAGCGCCCCAGCCCCAGGCCGACGGGGAGGGCUUCGUCCUGCAGCCCAGGGGGCGCUCGCAUCAGCGUGCGGCGCGCCGAGCUGGCGAGGCCUCCAGGGCUGCCUCGGCUGCCAGCACCGCCCCGAGCAGCGCACCCAACAGCAGGGUGCGGCCGCGGGGCGGAACCAGGCCCCCCCCGUGGCGUGAGGAGCGUGAGGAGCAGCCAGAGGAGCCCGCUUCGAGCCUGGAGCGCAGGCUUGAGGGAGCCCAGGCGCGCGUCUCCAGCCUCCGCGAGGCCGUCGCCAUGGGCGGGACCAGCGAGGCCUUCCAGCGAGAGGCCAGGGCGGCCCUCCUCGCAGCGGAGCGCGCUGCUGAGAGGGCCGAGGCAGAGCUCCGCGAGGCCCAGCAGCUCGGGAGGCCCCCCCACGCUGUCCUCCACGGGGGUGCCAACGCCAUGCAGAAGGUCGAGAAGCAGAUCACCGCCACCAGGGCCAAGCGCGAGCAGGCCGUGCAGCGAGCGGAGGCCCUCAGGGGGGAGAUCGCGGCGAAGCAGGAGGAGCUGGCCGAGGUCGAGUCUGCGGUCGAGGACUUCAACGGUCAGCUCAGCAAGCUCGAGGAGUCGAAGGCGCAGACGGUCCAGCAGGCCCUCCAGCGGGCCAUCGAGGUGUGCGGUGGCAAGCGUCCCCUCGAGACCGCAGUCGGGGGCCUCGUCACUCAGGUCGGCCAGUUGGGCGAGAUGCUUGGCCGUGGCUCGGAAGGCGUUGCGCCCAGGCUCCUGGAGAUCAUGGACAUCAUCACCACGCAGAGCGCCGCCAUCUCGGACAUGCUCCGCCCUGCUGCGCCUGCCGCCGCUGCUGCCCGCUGGGCCGACGGCCUCGGCGGGGACGGGCUCGCCGUCGACGUCGACGAGGAAGGGCCACCCGCCCCUGCCCCUGGGGCCACCGGCCCCUCGGGCGCAGCGCUCGGCGCUUGGCCCCAGCCUGGCCAGGCCGAGCGUAAGAUCCUGCCAGCUGGCGAGAGGGCCGCAGCGCAGCUCCGUGCAGGCUUCGACGUGCUGGGCCUCGACGGCAACACUUGGGACCGCGCCAUGGAGGUGCUCGAGGCCUACAUUUCGCGGGAGGACGAGCGCCCGCACCUGGUCACAGUUCAGGAGGUCCGCCUUGGGCCUCGCCAGCUGGAGAACGCGCGCCGCCGUGCUCGCAGCCUGGGGUACGCGGCUUUCUUGCAUGCAGCUGCGCCCGCUGGGCAGGCGGCCCUAGCCCACUCAGGAGGCGUCGGGGUGCUUGUCCGCGAGGACCUCCAGGCGAGGGAGGCGCAGUGGCGAGUGCCAGGGGACUUCAGGCACCGCAUGGUCGCAGUCAGGGUAGCAGCGGCCUCGGGUUUGCAGCUUCUGGCUUGCUCCUUGUACCUGCAGGACGGCCUCGGGCCCAAAGGGGUCAACCUGGACAUCAUCGGCGGCCUGGGGGACCUGGUGCUGACCGAGGAGCUCCCGUGGCUCGUGCAAGGCGACUUCAACAUGGAGCCUGGGACCCUCUACGAGCUCGGCUGGCCAGCCCUUCAGCGAGGUGCCUACCUUGGGCCAGCCGAGCCCACGCGCAUGGCGUCUGGCACGGAGCGGGUGUACGACUGGUUCGCGAGCUCGUUCUGCCUCUCCCACGGGGUUGCCAACACCGCAGUUCUGGACGGCUACGCAUUGCACCCGCACAGGCCAGUCCGACUGCGGCUGCAGGACCUGCGGCCAGAUGCGCUGGUGCAAGUCCUAGUGAGGCCUGGCCGCUUCCCUGACGUGGAGGCAGCCAACUGCAGGGCCCACGGGGACGCCGUCGUGCAGGUGUUUCGGCGCAGCGGUCGAGUGCAGUGGCAGGCUGAGCCGUGCACCUGGAGCUGGGAGGCAGGCGAGUUGCCCCACGACCUCCCUGCUGCGGUGUGCGAGUGGGUCGAGGCGGUCGAGGGCUCGUUGGUGGGCAUCCACGACAUCCAGCCCGACGCACACAAGCGCUUCCUGGGUCGUGCCGCGGGGCCGAGGCGCGCCCUGAGGCCGAUGAGCGCGGUCGCGAAGCGUGAGUACCGCUUCCGCCACUCCGAGCUGACCCACGCCAUUCGGCAGGCCCUCGAUCUGGCUCUGAGUGGGAGGUGGCGGCAGUCGCAUGAGAGCUGGUACUCGCGCGAGGCGGAGCGCAUCUCGGGCCUCCUGGGGAUCGCCUCGGCCGCGGCCCGCGAGGAGGAGGAGGCGGAGCAGCUCGACUUCGACACCAGCGGGUGGAUCGACCUCGUCGGCCAGGCAGGAGUCCUCGGCCACGUCGGCGCCAUCACGGAGCUCCAGCGACGGCUCUACAGCUCGCAGCGGCGCGACGGGGGCAUCAGCUCCGCGCGGUGGCGAGCGUGGGCCAAAGAGGCCGUCCAGCGAGGAGGUAGGUUGGCGCACCGCUUUGCCAGAGCGGUACCUCCUCCUCAGGUCGUCGACCCAGACACGGGCAUGCCGCUGGCAGGGAUGAUUGCUAUUGGUCAGCUCGAGGCCAACUGGCAGGCCCUCUGGCAGCAGGAAGGCUUCAAGGGAGGAGCCGACGUCUGCACCUGGGACGUCCAGGACUGGACCUUGCCUCCCAUCACGCUCGACAUGUUCCAGGCGACGCGCCGCCGCUAUUCCCCAUCUGCAGGGCUCGGAGCGGACCAGCUACACCCUAGACAGCUGCUGAUCCUGCCGAGUGCCCUUCAGCUCCGCUGCCUGGACCUCCUUGCGGCGCACGAGGAGCGGCCGCAGGCGCUGGGGCACAAUUUCAAUCUUCGGUUGCUGAGAGGGCUUUUGGCCAUGUAUCAAGCCCCUCGCUUCAUCUGUUUCGCGGGCCUGGUCUCCGACGGCUUCUGCUCCCAAGGAGGCCGCCUGCUCGUCAUUGGCAGGAACGUCGUCGACGACGUGGCCCUGCAGGCGCUGGGGACACGCCGCCUUGUCGUGGAGCAGCUAGGAGGCGCGGGAGCUGAGAUGGCCCGACAGCUUGGGGACUUGCACCUCCCGCUCAGCGCCAAGAAGUCCGUUUACCUUGCGUCCUGCUCUGGCCUCGCCCAGGAGCUGGGCGAGUACUGGGAGGCGCACGGCAUUAAGUUCGAGAGGGUGCAUCAAGCCCGUAACCUGGGCACCGAUGCGAGUAUCACGAUGAGAGGAGUCCGCGAAGGGCGAGGGCGGGCGCGGGAUGCGCUCCAGCGGGCGCGGCGCCUGCGUUGCCUACGAGCUGCAGGAGUCGAAGUGGACCUGAUCCACAAGGCUGGGCCUACUUCCAGUAUGGUUUGGGGACGGACGGUUACUGGCGUGGCCGAUGGAGAGUUGCACAGUUGGCGUGUCACUGCGUGCCGCAGCGCUGGGCGGCUCCCCCGCGGCGCAGCCCUCGGCCUCAGGCUGCGGUGCGCUGAGCUCCGCAGGGGCCGCGACCUGGAUCCCUUCGUGCUGAUCACGGAUCGCUCGCUCCAGAUGCUGGCAGGGCUCUUGCACUCGGGCGAGCUCUCCCUGCCGAUGCUCAGGGCCGAGCUCGAGGCUGCGGCGUCGCGGCAUGCGGCAGCGACGGCGCCUUGGGUGCACUGCAGCUCCCCCGUGGAUGCAGCGGUCCUCACCCUUGGCAGGAUCGGCUGGUACUUCAGGUCCGAGCGGUGCCUCAUCACGGACGUCGGGGACGAGCUGGACUUGACGUUGCUGGGGCCGCGCGAGCUCGGCAUUGAGGCCGGCCUUGGAGCGAGGCGCGCCUCGGACAGGCAUGAGAUGCGGAAGCUGGCCUACUCCUUGUCUGUGCAGGGCUCUCUUUUCUGGGACGCCUUCAGGGAGCUCAUCGGGCCAGGAGGCAAGUUCAACGAGCGCGAGAGGAACGGGCUGGUGGCUUACCUCACGAACGCGCACUGGCCGCAGGCGAGGCUCUGCAGCGCCCGCGAGAGCAGCCACGCCAGCUGCAGGUGCUGCGGAGCUGCUCGGGGCACCCUCUGGCACAGGUUGUUCGAGUGCCCCAUGCUUGCGGCCCAGCGGCGGGAUUCGGUCUCACCAGCGCUGAUGAGGAGCGCUGUGCGGGUCCGCGCCCAGGGAGAGGCAGCAGGGGAGGACUUCGCUAGGUGCUGGCUGCCAGCGCCGCCGCCUCCUCAAGGGCCUCGCACGGACGCCAUGAGUGUCUGGUGGAUACACAGGCCUCCCGACGACAGGCUCAAUGGCAAGUUGUACUUGGACGGCUCGGCAGUCGACCCGCAGUUCGGCUCCCUGAGGCGCGCGGGCUGGGCGAUUGCUCAGUGCGACGACGACGGCAACCUCAUCGCGGGCGUCUACGGGAACGUCAGGAGGGACCUCUGCCCGCAGCAGACCGCCCGCGACGGUGAGGACUUUGCGGUCUGGAUGUUGGUGAACUACGCGGGCCCUGCAGUCGAGGAGGUCAACGUCGACUGCAAUGGCACGGUCGAGUGCCUGCGCAGGGGGCUGGCCUAUGCGACGGGCCCGACGAAGGUCAACGCCCACCUCUGGAGCAGGAGCCUCACCGCCUUCGAGCCUGGCAGCUUCAGGGUGAACAAGGUGCCCGCCCACUGCAGCUGGCAGGCAGUGCUCGACGGGCGCCUCACGGAGGCGCAGAGGCGCGGCAACCAGCACGCCGACCGCCUCGCCAAGCUGGGAGCUCGGCUGCGCGCCGUGGACGCCCAGACCGUGAGCGAGCACCGUGCCCUGGCGGGUUUCGUCCAGGAGCUGGCCCGCUGGGUGGGCCAUGCGGCCGUCAUCUGGCAGGACAUCGCGGAGAAGGACAGUGACGGGUUCCUCGAGUCCGACGAGAGGCAGCGGGUGAGGUUCGCCGACCAUGAGGAGCGAGCCGAGCUUCCCACUGCAGGCAUGCCGACGGCUCAGCAGCCGCGCGUGGAGAGCGCGCGCUCGGUGGCCAGCGCUGUUGGCCUCUCCAUCACCACGGCUGGCAUCUGCUACCUCGGCCACUCCCUGGCGUACGCGUGCUGCGACGUGGGCGAGGAGCCCCAGGAGCUGGUGGCAUGCAGCAAGUGUGGGGCCUACAUGGUCCUCGGCGGCCGCUCUGGAGGCCGCCCAAAGUUCAAGGAGCCAUGCAUCGGCGAGAGGGCCACUGGGCAGCGCAGCCAGCGCCGCCUCUGGGCUCGAGGGCUGCAUCCAGGCGGACGGCCUCGCGGAGGAGACCAGCAGCGCAGGGGGAAAGGUGCCGAGAUCCCCGCGCUGCGGCUGCAGGGCCCCCUGCCCCCAUCGGCCCAGGAGGCCUUCCUGGCCUGGCUGGGCCUCGUGGGCGAAGCGGGCCCGCCGCCAGCAGGAGGCAGCUCGGCGGCAGCGUCUGGAGGCGCAGGCGGCCGCGAGCAGGAGGCUUCGGCGCGGCCGACGGCACCAGUGCAGCAGGUGGUGGCGGGCAGCGGCCCGCGGGCCGCCUUGCUGGCCGCGCACGGCCUGGACGAGCAGGACCUCGCCGAGCGGGUGCUGGCCGCCAACUCCGCCGCGGAGGACCGCCGCGUCCGCCCGCGGCGCGGCCGCGGCCUGAGCCCCGUCGGCGAGGGCUCGGGCGAGUAG